UGCAGUAAUGUGACUGACCAAACAACGCAAACUCAGCCCAUAUAACUACCCAAGUCUUUCACCAUAUGGAUCGCAUCACUUUAGAGUGAGAAAAGGUUAAAGUUCCUUUGUAUAGUAGCUAUAUGGUCUCCUUUCAAGCACUCCCAUCUCCAAAUGGGAGAAAGUCAAUCCCAGAGCUUGAUGAUUCAUCAAAGAAGAGAAAGUGGGAAGAGUCGCAAACUGAAGGGAUUCUCGAGAAAAGAUCAAAACCAGAGAGCACAAAAUCGUUCUUUGAAGAAAUCGAGCUGCACCGCGAGACUCCAUUACCUUUGGAGUGGCAAAGAUGCCUCGAUAUUCAGUCAGGGCAGAUACACUUCUAUAAUACAAGGACCCAUAAGAGAACAUCAAGAGAUCCAAGGAAAACCCCCGAGCCACCAAGUCCUGAUCAUCAUAUGAGCUUAGACCUUGAGCUAAACCUACCAUAUGAUCAAUCACAAAGGAAAAGGUUUGCAAACGACCAUAUUACAAAGCAGAAUUCCGGUGGCUCCAUCCGAGGUUUUGGUGAUUUGUUCAAGGAUUCUAGCAGAGAUAAGGAGAGUUCAGGAGGACUAACACGGCGUCCCUCGUGGUUAGCGUCUGAAAGGGAUCAGGAAGAAAUGGUAGCGACAGUGUGCACAAGGUGCCACAUGUUGGUGAUGCUUUGCAGGUCCUCUCCUGCCUGCCCUAAUUGCAAAUUCAUGCAUCCACCAGACCAAAGCUCUCCUAAACUAUUCAAGUAAAGGCUUAGCCACUUAUGUAGUGAUGAGGUCGACAAAGAUCAAAGCCAAGUUUCAAGUUUUAGGGUGCUAUCUAUCCGGGAAAACAAUCGAUGGAGUUCAUUAAUUCCCUUCAUCAUCAUGGAAUUAAAGGCUAAGAAAUGACUGUUGAGAGAGAGUAUUAGUACGUGGGGGACUAAUUAACUUGUAUGGUACACAAAUUUAUGAGAAUAUAAAAAUUAACUCAAGGGACCCAAUAUUUAUAAUGA